GAGUGUGGUUUGGGACACGUCCACAUUGGACUGACGGUGUUUAAGUGACCUAGAGUGUAUAGUGAAUAAUGAGUAUGGUUUGGGACAUGUCCACAGUGGACUGACGGUGUUUAUUUGUUCUACAAAAAAUAGUGAAUAGUGUGUGUGGGGUUUGGGAUUCGUCCAUAGUGGACUAACAACGUUUAUGUGUCCUACAUUAUCGUGAAUAUUAGUGGUUUGUGACAAAUCCAGAGUCGAGUGUCCGCAUUUAUGUGACCUACAGUGUAUAGUGAAUAAUGAGUAUGGUUUGAAACAGAGCCUGGAAAUAGCCAUUGUUCUGCUAAGAACAGAAACAAAUAUUUAGGUUGAGGCCAAACCUGUUCAGUGGUUCAUCCCCCUCGGAUUAAUUUGCAACUCUACCGCUAAACAAACACACACACACACACAUACUGACCUCACAAUGGGAGAUUAAUGCACUCUCAUACAAGGAAGUGUCUCUAAGACACUUUUAUUUCAAGCUCAAAGUCCAGGCCCGAGAAAAUCCUGGAUAUACACACACUUACACACACAUAUGGGUUUUUUUGGCAGUAACUACAGACUUUACGUCAUUUAGACUGAUGAGUGUUUGAGUGCUUGGUGUUGGUAUUUCAUUACUCGAAGGUGGAUCUAGUGCACUUCUAAUGGAGCUGAGACAAUUAAACACAGCAGACUAUAGCAGCGGCCUCUAUGGCUCCCUUAGGGCACGCAAAGCUCCUUUCAGCGACGUGAACGAGGGUGCAGUGCAGAUUGACUGGGCCUCACGUCCUGAGGUCGACGACGGAGAGGAUGAAAAUUCCAACAAAAUGCAAAAUCUGAGAGAGCUGCCGCUUCACAUGGGACUGAAGAAAGCUAUACGGCAGGUGCAGCAGAUGCGAAUCCCCGUUGUGUCUAGUUGGGGUUCCUGGCGUUUCCGUCACUCCAAGUCCUUUCGGCGUUUUCGUGAGGACCUGUCGAGCAUUUUAUCUUUCGUCCAGCUCUGGAGGAGGCCCAUGCACCAGAUCGGAGGACAUUUUGGAGGAGGCGUCCAGUCGUAUUUCUUGUUCUUGAGGUUCCUUGUUGUUCUAAACUUCCUGUCCUUCCUGUUGAUGGCUGGUUUCGUGAUCAUCCCCAGCAUCGUUUUCUACUCGGUCAACUCCAGCGGUCUUGCACUCGUUUCCGCCAUCAACCUUUCAGGUGUGGAGGUUUGUCUGCGUUACGAUGUUCAGCCUCAAGCUCUCACCGUUUACUACACCUACUUCCUGGAUUUGCUCUCAGGAACGGGCUUCAUGGAGUACUCAUUCCUGUUCUAUGGAUUUUAUAAUAACACCGAGGUCACAAGCAACGGGUUUUCAUACAACAUUCCACUGGCGUACCUGCUCAGCGCUGCCUUCUACUUCCUGUUUUGCCUGUUAUGCAUCGUGGUUCGGAUGGGUGGAGUGGCGCGGCUUGUCAUGGCGAUGGAUGGAGGACGCUUAGGAGGGUACAGUGUGCUUGUUUUUACAGGGUGGGAUCACGGCCUCCAGGAUGAACGAGCUGCCAGAGUAAAACACAACAACCUGCGCUAUCGGCUACAGGUGGAUUUGGAGGAGGAGAGGAUUAACAGGAAGGCUGAGUCUCUCACUCUCUCUCAAGCGUUCUUUCUGUAUUCCCUCCGAUUCUUCCUAGGCCUCAUCGCUCUGGCAAUGAUAGUUGGCGCUUUCUUUGCCAUCGGCAAUGCAACCCAGUACAGUCAGUCUCAACAACAGGAAGGCAUCGUGGGAUUGCUGCUGGAGUAUCUGCCCUCAAUGGUUAUAACGGCUAGUAAUUUUGUCGUUCCUUUUCUGUGUGACCAGAUCGCUAGGCUGGAGAAAUACUCACCUAGUGUCACUGUGAUCUUUGCUUUGCUACGGGCCGUGAUCCUACGUUUAGUGAGUUUAGGUGUACUCUUGUACACACUGUGGGAACAGAUCACAUGUCAGGGAAACACACAAAAUUGUUCACCCUGCAGCUACAACUACACACAGUAUCAGUGCUGGGAGACACGUGUUGGGCAGGAAAUGUACAAACUGACGCUGUUCGACUUUCUUAUUACGAUUUUGGUGAUGGUACUGGUGGAGUUUCCUCGCAGGCUGGUAGUGGAUCACUGCUCGUGUAAGCUGGCUCAGUGGGUGGGUCGUCAGGAGUUUGUUGUUGCGUCAAACGUGUUAGCGCUUGUUUACAGUCAGACUGUAGUGUGGUGCGGCGCUCUGUUCUGUCCCAUACUGCCGCUCAUCAACACCAUCAAGUUCAUCAUCAUAUUCUACUGCAAAAAGGUCACUCUAUUCCAGAACUGUCGUCCGGCGGUGAGGACGUUUCGCUCUACGAGCUCCAACUUCUUCUUCUUCCUGGUUCUUCUGUUCGGUUGGGUGCUCUCUAGUGUGGUGCUUAUUUACAGUGUAGCUAGUAUUCAUCCGUCGUAUGGCUGCGGUCCAUUCCGUUUCUCCUCCUCCAUGUGGACUGUCAUUCCUGAUUCCUUCAACUCGCUGUCCAACACAACGCAGAAGUUUCUGCUGUUUAUUGGCUCACAGGCUUUCUCCAUCCCGCUCUUCAUCUUAUCAUGUGUGGUGAUGUGCUACGUGGCUGUGUUGGUUUCAGUUUAUGGGAAAACUGUUAAUCUGCUGAAGAAACAACAAAAACAGGAAGGACGAGAUAAACAGUUCCUGGUCAAACAGAUCAAGGAGUUGAGCGCAGAGGUUUCCAGAAACGAACAAGAACCAGAACUAAGAGACAGCAGAGGAGCAAGAGAUGCUGUGCCACGAUGGGGAGAACACUACAAUUCUACAUUCGAGACAGAUGAAGAACCAGCAAUGCCAGCUAGAGACUUUACGAAUGGUGGCUUUUAUGAAAGAGACGUUUGACGUUCCUGUCGUGUCAUAUGAAAAGGCAAUAGACUCAUACCAACAUCGUUAUUGUUUUCCUUUAUACUUCAUAGUGGCAAAAUGUACAUAAACAAUUUACUUUGCUUUACGACUCUACUAUACUACUGUUUGUAUGUGAAGUAGGAUGCUCUACAGAUGCACAUGGAAAUAGUUUUAUAACUGUGACCACUGUUUUUUUUUCACUAUAAUUACCUACAUACCUACUCUGAGACGGCUUGCUAUACUGUAUGCUGUUAUAUAAUGUAAAAAAAAAAAAAUGUAUAUACAAAGUGUCUAUUUUGUGUCAAUUUCUGCUUAAAGAUCAUACUAUGGAA